AAAAUAUAUAAAUGAAAGACUUAGUAAAUCAAAAUCGUUCACAUUUGACUGCUGAAGAAUCCUUAAAAAAACUAUAUGAAUAUUCAUAGUAAAAUUUCAAUUUAUAUAUAGCAUUUAAGAUGCAAAAUAAAGAUCCUAUCACUUGAGAUUGUAAAGAGCUCAUGCAUUUACUUUUGGUACCGUUGCAUCAAUAGCAGUAUUUUAUGUUGGAUAUGUAUGUAUUAUAAAAAUAAAAAAAGAAUUUGAUUGAAGGAGUCUGGGCUAAAUUAUCAACUACAAAUUAAAUCACCAAUUUGUUUAGAAUUGCCUAAAACCCAGUUAGAUCAGUCUACAGACCUGAAAUCUAUUUGCGAGAUCAAAAUGCAGAUCAAAUUAUAGCUUAAAAAACUGUAGAAUAGAAUAAUCCAUUAAAAUUAUGGCAUUGAGAAAUAAAAUCAUAUAUACAAUCAAUAAAAUAUAUUUAU